UUACAUACAAGCAGUGUAUAUGUUCCUCUCAAUUCUCUCUCUACUUUCUUACAUUUUUCUCUCCGCGCCACCGCCGGCUCAAUACACUCUGUCCGGAAACCUAGCUCCGAAGCUGAUUACUCCUUCGUCUCUUCACUCGAGAAGUUCCUAGCAAAAUCUCAGCGAUCUCGAUAGUCCUGUUCAUCGUUUGAUCGAGCAGAUUUUGUUGUGUAGUGUGAACAAAGGCCUUAGUGGUAGAUUGAGGGGGACAGCAUCUGUUGCUUUGAGUUGACAAUUAAAUAAUCUUCGUUAUGGAUGCUUAUUCGUUAAAGUCCGUGCAGGAGUUACCUGCUAUGUUUCGUUCAGUUUUCAGUUUCAGGUAUUUUAACUCCUUGCAGAGUGAAUGCUUUCCCGCUUGUUUCCUCUCAGACGUGAACAUGGUUAUAUCGGCGCCUACUGGAAGUGGGAAAACAGUGCUUUUUGAACUAUGCAUUUUGAGGCUUCUCUCAAGGUUCAUAUCCACUGAGGGCAAAUUUAUACAUGUCAAGGGGUCUCUGAAGACAGUCUAUGUGGCUCCUUCAAAAGCUUUGGUACAAGAGAAGCUGCGGGAUUGGAACCAAAAACUUGGUUCAUGGGGAAUAAAUUGCCUGGAGCUGACCGGGGAUAAUGAAUACUACAACAAUAAGGAUAUUCAGGAUGCUGACAUAAUUCUUACUACUCCUGAGAAGUUUGAUGCUGUGACUCGAUAUCGCAUUAAAGACGGAGGCCUGAGCUUUUUCAGUGACAUUGCUCUGGUGCUUAUUGAUGAAGUCCAUUUGUUGAACGAUCCUCGUGGAGCAGCUUUGGAGGCAGUAGUUAGCAGGAUCAAAAUGCUCUCUUGCAUUUCUGAAAUGAAAUUGAGUCCUCUAGCCCAUGUUCGUUUUCUAGCUGUAUCAGCUACAAUUCCAAAUAUUAAUGACCUUGCGGAGUGGCUUAUGGUUCCUAACGAAGGAAUUAAAAAGUUUGGUGAAGAAAUGAGACCAGUAAAGUUGACAACCAAAGUUUUUGGCUAUACUCCAGCAAAAAAUGACUUCCUAUUUGAAAAGCGCCUUCAGAACUACAUAUUUGAUAUUCUCAUGCAACAUUCAAGAGGCAAAUCUGCGCUUGUCUUCUGCUCAACCAGAAAAGGAGCACAAGAGACUGCACAACGACUCACGCAAGCAGCAAUGAAUUUUGGGCAUUCAAAUCCUUUCAUCAAAAGCAGAGAACAGCAAGAUAGGUUGAGAGAAGCUUCGCUCUCAUGCAGUGAUAAACAAAUGCAAUCUUAUAUUCCUUAUGGUGUUGGCUACCACAAUGGUGGACUUUCCUUGAAGGAUCGCAACCUUAUUGAAGGCCUCUUUCUGAACAGUGAUCUUCAAGUUCUAUGCACCACAAAUACUCUUGCCCAAGGAGUUAAUCUACCAGCACAUACAGUUGUAAUCAAGUCAACACAGCACUUCAACCAGGAGAAGGGUCUUUACAUGGAAUAUGACAGGUCAAUGAUCCUGCAGAUGUGUGGAAGAGCAGGCCGUCCACAAUUUGAUGACGCAGGAGUGGUUGUAAUCAUGACCAGAAAAGAAACUGUACACUUGUAUGAGAACCUACUAAACGGAUGUGAACUGGUCGAAUCACAAUUACUUCCAUGCAUUACGGAGCACUUAACUGCACAGAUUGUUCAACUGACAGUGUCAGAUAUUACAAAGGCAAUCGAAUGGAUGAAAUGCUCAUAUUUGUAUGUGAGAAUGAAAAAGAAUCCUGAGAAUUAUGCAAUGCCAAAGCUGCUAGCCAGUAACAACAUAGAAAGGCAUCUGCAAGAGAUAUGUGUCAAGAAGGUGAAUGAGUUGUCACGGUACCAAAUGAUAUGGACUGAUGAGGAUGGUUUCCUCUUAAAGCCUCUUGAGCCUGCGAAGUUAAUGACAAAAUACUAUCUGAAAUUUGACACAAUGAAACACAUUAUGCGGGCAUCUGCAAACUGUAGCAUAGAAGAUGCACUUCAUAUUAUUUGCCAUGCUGAGGAGAUUGCUUGGAUACAACUCAGGCGCAAUGAGAAGAAGCUUUUGAAUGACAUAAACAAUGAUAAAAAUAAUCGGCUUCGUUUUCACAUCCUCGGGGACAAAAAUAAGAGGAAAAAACGGAUCCAAACCAGAGAAGAGAAGAUAUUUAUUUUAGCAAAUGACUGCCUGACUGGGGAUCCUUUAGUGCAUGAGUUAUCAAUGACCCAGGACAUGAAUUCUAUAUGCACAAAUGGAUGCAGAAUUGCAAAGUGCAUGAAAGAGUACUUUGUAUACAAGAAAAACUACAUAGGAGCUUUGAGUUCAGCACUUCUUGCCAAAUGUUUGCAUCAAAAAGUAUGGGAUGACAGUCCAUACUUACUGAAGCAAUUACCUGGCAUUGGAAUGGUCACAGCAAAGGCACUGAAUUCCAUGGGUGUAAAGUCUUUUGAGGCCCUUGCCGAUGCUGAUCCAAGAAAGAUUGAGAUGGUUACUGGUCGUAAAUAUCCAUUUGGAAACCAUAUAAAAGGGUCAUUGUUAUCACUUCCACCAAAAAUAGAGAUGGAAGUAAAGGAAACUGAGAGCCAAAGACAAGGUAAGUCCAAGGUUGUCAUAACAUUGACAAGGAUGUCUCAGCCUGCAUUAAUGACUAAAGGAUACUAUGCCGAUCUGGUGGUUGGCUUGGAAGAAGGUAACCUGAUUCUAUUUCAUGAAAAGAUAAGAGUGCAUGACUUUCCAAGCCCAUAUAGUGCAACAGUUAUAGUGCCCAACCCUCAGAAAAGGAAGCUGACUGUGAAAGCAGAUCUGAUAUUUGAUGAAUUCAUUGGUGUCGAUAUUCAUCAGAAGGUUACAGUGAUGAAGGAGAUGAACCAGCAUAUUAGUAAUAAACACAAAACAAGACAGAAUCCCUCCUGUCAAUUGAAGGAUGCAUAUAUGCUAGAAGAUAAGAAGGAUUCUACUUCUGAAGCUCCAAUUCAAGAGCCAAUCAAUGUAGAUGAAUCUGAAGGUUUUUUUGACAUGCCAAGUUUCACACUUAUACAUGAAGAGCCAGAGGAAGAAGUUGUAACUGCUGUUGGCAUUGAAGAUGAUGAAUGCAAGAUCAUCACUGAAAGAACUAUAUUUGAUCACAUACGUGAAAAAGCGAAGAGCUUACCUCCUUUGGGCAAGUUGGGUGACACAUGUUCCACUUCACUAGAGACGUUGGCUCUUAUUAGAAAGCGAACUCGGGAGAGACUGCUUGCAGUUGAAAAUCCAAUAGAAGUAUUAGAUGAAGGAAUAAAUAAAGUUGCCCGUCACAGCAUGGCCAUUCAAUCUGCUAGAGCUCAUCAAUUAGAAAAAAGUUUCUCAGACAAAGAUGCCACUUCAGAAAGUCACUACAUUUCUAAGGACAAUAACCCUACAAAUGACACAGGGAAACUUGCUAGUGAACCCAAUUCUGUUCAAUCCGUUGACCUCACCAAAAAACCAGAAUUUGGACACAUGCAAGGAUCAUCACCAAUUUUAGGGAGGUUGAAGACCACUGGAUCCCAGCUAUAUACUUUGGGCAAUCAAAAUUGGUUUAGCCCUCAGUCUAGUCACACAAAUUCUGAUUUUGAGGGUUUUAAAGCUAGAAAAGCAGAAGUGGUUGUUUUGGAUCCUGAACCUGUGGAACAAAAACAUCAUGAAGCUAUAGGAGUCACAAAGUUGAGGGAUAAUGUGUGUUCUGGCAGUGCAUUCAGUAGAAGUGACAUAACUUGUCAGUCUUCAGUGGUGUCAUCAUCUCCCUCUUGGACAUCUUUGCCAAGGAUCGAAGUUGGUGAUUUGAGAAACUCUUCAGAAACCAAAUGUAAGCAUAUUUCGACUCCAAGUUUAUUGGAAAGGCAGCGCUCUUCCCCGGCAGCAGUGCGAGACACCCAGGAAAUGAACUGCUUCUUGGGUUUUAAGAGUGUGUUUACAUUUCUCUAAUGGCAUUUGUGAACAAAUAAUGGCGUACGUGUAUCGUAAUCAGACGCUAGUAUGUG